UCUCCAUUAUUUUCUCAACCAAUUGUUUAUUCUUCUCUCUCUCUCUCUCUCUCUCUCUCUCCGUUUUUGGAUUUGACAAUACCAAUCGAGAAAAAGAAAUUAGCGUUUGAUUAGAUUUCGAUUGAUUUCGCGCCACAGAGAGAGACGUUCCGUAGGCUUGUCUGGAUCUAAGGUUGUUGUAUUAGUCCUGCCCGUAUCCUUGUCCGUGUCCGUUUUUUACUGUUGAAACCGAUUAGAUAGAAAAAGACAAACGAUGUCGAGAUAUUUCACAUCACCACCGCCUGUGUAUGCGAGGAACUGGGCCAACGGUCAGAACUUGGUCGAAUCGACUAAGAUUGAGAGACAAAUAGUCACUUCAAAAAAGGUGCACCCUAAAGAGAAGAAGGAGAGAAAGAAAGAUAAGAAACAGAAGAAUGAGAAAACCAUUGAACAUGUGUAUCUACCAACCAAGCAAGUGUCUGAUGAAUCUGAACAACUUGAGAAGAGUUGUUUGACAGAAGAACAUGAGAAAUAUCUGUCUGAUGGUAGCCAAAGUAGUAAGAAGAGAAGAAGGGAAGCUUCUCCUUCUGUUGAGAGUAAUAUCAAAGCUACGCCUGUAACUGGUAAUCCUCUACGGAUACGUUUUGUCUUCAAGAAGCCUAAGGAAGCUGAGUUUGUUGUCCCUCAAGAGGAUCUCGUUUGUUCCACCUCAGGGACUGAAAUAUCAAGUUCUGUCUCAGGUCAUGAUGAGAAUCUGCUUCCAGCUUCUCUCGAGAGUGUCGAGACUGCAAUUCUUUCUGAAUCAAAGAAGAAAAAGAAACAUAAGACUAGCAAAGAAUCACGGUACAGUUCACUGUUUGAUGAACCGGUUCUUCCUUGUCUCUCCAUUGAGGAAGAUGAUGGCAACAGCGAUGACUGGCUUCUUAGUGGAAGGCGGCAAGAGAAUAGUUCUACCAAGUCUACUAUGGAUGAAGACAUGGUCAUGAACUUGCAGAAGUCGGGAGAGUCCUGUUUUCCUAGUUCUCAGUUUUUGUCUGAAGUAGGAACUUUUUCAUUGCCAUACACAGUCCUGUUCUAGGUCCCAGAUAAUUGUUUUGUUCUUUCUCAGCUUAGGCUAGGCGCUAAGCUAGGCCUUAACUUGUACAGUUCCACGAAUUGUAACAACCACAAAGAUAAGUAAUACUUGAAUGAUCCCCCUA